CAAAUGUUUGAAAUAAAAUGCGACUUAUAGAUUACUUUAAGUACUUGUAUGCUAUAAAAAUUCUAAAUGCGUCGAUAUUCUACAUUACCUGCCGAAAGAUGUGCUUUAUAAAUACAAAUUAACUAGAUUGUUAAACAUUCAAUAGCUACAGUUCAGAUUAUUGACAAAUGCAUAACACUUUAUUUUUGUUUUACCUUUCGAGAUACCGGUAGGUGGGAAGGAAACAGUAAAGGAAAUGUUAAAUACAAGUUACAACAAAUAUAACCGUACCGAUGAUUCAAGAUGGGAGUGAACAGAAGCGGAAUAAUAUAUUUUAUUGUAAUAGCAUGUUUGUGUCAGUUAAUAGUUGUUUUGGAAGCGACGGUUUCGUUAACAGCAUAUGGCGACAUUGCUUCGGAUGGACGGCUUAAAUGUAACGGACAAUGUGUGCUCGUCUGUGAAAUCAUACCAACCUCGCUUGCCGUCGUAUGGAAGAUAAACAAGCAUAUUUUUUUUGAAUGUAUACACAAUUCAUGCAUUACUUAUGGAACAAAUUACACAUUUUCAUUUGAUAUUACCCAAGGCAUAUUUAACCUAUCAAUGGAUAAGAUAAUAUAUGCUGACAAUUUAAAACAAUUUAAGUGUGAUGAUGACUCUGAGUUUGCAUCUUUUACUGCAAGAAUUAAAGUGAUACCAGAAGGCAGCGCUACAACAAUCGCGUCGUCAAGUGAUUCAUCGUCAACUACUAUAAAAGUAACGACAGGUUGUCUUUCGCCUAGUACAAGUGUCUCUUUUACAUGGUACUAUUUUAAGGAAGGACAGACACCAAUUUUAUUUGAGAAAAACCUACCAUUAGAAUCGACUGACGAAGACGGCUGUACAAAUGGACAGAAGAGAAACCAACGUCGAGCAACUAGCGAAGAAAUAUCUCCAGGUUUACGAAGGAAAGAAAUAGAUAUUGAAUCUGCAUACGAACAACUGGAUAAAUCAAAAAAUGAGAUUCGUCUGUACACGUCUAUUGAAAAUAUAAGAACGGCUUUCAGCAACAAGGAUUAUGUUAAAUGA